GUGUGUCCCGUCGUGUAGCCAAGCACGACACUUCGCGCCGUAUACAAACACAUCAGCGCCUGACUGACCAGGGAAGGGAGAGAUGAUGAUUGCAGGGAUGAAGGCGGUCGUUGCCCAGGCGGCGAGAAUACCGGUAGCAACAAUCAGAUGCUGCGGAGGAGGCGAAGGUGCGGUGCGGUGCUACCGGCGACUCAGCACCGCCGCCGGCGGAGCGAAGGACUGGGAGGGAGAGAGGCAACCGGGGUCAGGUGGAGAUGAGCUGCAGCGUGAGCUCACCCCAGAGGAGGUUUUGCGGGUCGGUGCGCGCACCCAAGAGAUGUGGAAGGACCACGUGGCCCUGACGACCGAGUUCCCGGACGCGAGCCUCCCCCCCGGCGGGCACGAAGCGUCCUCCGUGUCCCCCGACGCGGUACGCAGAAAGCGGCUCGUGUACAGGAGCAAGCAGCGAGGCUGGCUUGAGGUUGACCUGCUGCUGGGCACGUGGGCGGAGAGGAACGUGGCCGGGCUCUCUGCGGCGGACAUGGACAGCUACGAGGACAUCCUCAAUCUCGAAACCGUCGACAUUUUCAACUUCAUCACCGGCAACGCUGAUCCUCCAGCCUUCGUGGACGCGCCCAUGCUGGCGCGGUUACAGGCGUACGUGAAAUCGAACCCGUUGGGGCAGUCGCCGGCCAGCUACGCUUCGGCAAAGCGAGAGAGCAACCUCACCUGAUACCGGUGCAACCUCUGGGUGGGGCAGGCAGUGAAUGCAACCGUUGCUGCUUCGAUCGGCCGAGAUCCGACGCAGAGGCCAAGGGAGGCUUGAAGCCUGGGGUUGGCUGGCGUGAAGACGUGACGGGACGGACGGGCUUGGGACGGAAGAAGAAGAAGGCCUUUGUUGUGUCCCGUGUGGAGAGUAAGAUGGGACCACGUCGAGCGCCGUUUGUGGUCUCCAAGGGAGGAGGCCUCCUGCCGACGACACGACCAGUGGACAGCGAGCGACCGCUACUACUGCUGUAGCUGCCAUUUGUUUCUUUCGCAUUGUUGCGGCAGGAUAUAUAUCAUCAUCGUGGUUCGUUCACGCCUUGGCGGCGAGCGGCCUGCCUGGUUGUCUUUGUCUGAACGCAAAAUGGUUUCCCGCCAGACGAAUGAUCCAAAAGCCGAGGUACAGCAGCAGUAGUGCUAUCAAGGCAUGGAGCACCAAGUACGACGACAAACACGUGAUGUAAGUCUUCGACGAACAUGCUCCUACAUAUGCCCUCGUGGGUCAGGUUUCAUUACAGCUCUGGGUAGCGUUUCUGGCGUGUUUGGGUCUCGACGUCUCGACCGGGUGAGAGGACUAUAUACCGCAGUACCGGGUUGUGUUUUUUUCUUUCGAGUUUUGUCUACUUUCGGUGUACCAACUUUUCGGGCUACAUUUGUGUAUACAUACGCCAACGUUGCUCGAGGUCAGUUCAACAACAGUUUUUGGGUUGCACUUAGAGGCAGACACGAAACCAAAGCAACAAUAUAGCAAGGCUCCGAGCCCUCAGGCU